UAUCAAAACAGUGCGUUUAGUUCUUUAGGCGGAGUCGCACGCUCGCCGCCGCUCGCCGCGCGCCGUGCCCCACCAACUCUUACACUACAAUAAAUAAAAUCGCGAAACACAGUUGCAUAAAAACGGCUCAACGGAAAGUUUCAAGUGCCUUACGAAAUUGGAUUACUUAUUAUCAUCUAUUGUUUUCGAACAUUAUUAGGUACCCAUAUAAAUUAUUUUUGUAAUGUGUGCGUGACGUGUUUUACGCGGGCUUAUCGUCUCGUUGGAUUGAGAUUUGCCUGGCUGAGAACCUAUUUUCAUCAUGAAGACGAAGCGCAUCGCUGGAGCGCAGGAUGCCGAUCGCUCCGCGCGGCCCUCCGCUUGUCUCAACACCACCAUUCCUCCUACGCCGUAGGAGACCCAACAUAACCCACAAGUGCCCUUCGAUAGUAUAACGUAUAACGUUUUAUACGCCUCUUUUACACCGACCUAUAAGUAUAAAUUACAUACGCACAGUGUUAGUGUUAAGUGUCGCGCGCGAGUGUGUGUGUAUAUGUGUGUCGAUGGUGCGGCCGACAUGGGAAAGUCCUCGGCGAGAACACAUGGCCAAGAGAAUGAACGGAGAAUCAAAGCUAAUAACAGAGAAUAUAACGCGCAGUUCCGUUAUGCCAACAACUACAUCAAAACAUCGAAGUACUCGAUCAUAACGUUCCUUCCGCUGAAUUUGCUCGAGCAAUUUCAGCGGUUGGCGAACUUUUACUUCCUCUGCCUGUUGGUGCUGCAGCUGAUCCCGGCCAUUUCCUCCCUGACGCCCAUCACCACAGCGAUACCGCUUAUUGGCGUACUCGCUCUUACCGCAGUCAAAGACGCCUACGACGACUUUCAACGUCAUCAGAACGAUUCGCAAGUGAACCACAGGCGUGCGAAGACGUUGCGCAAUGGAAAGCUUGUGGAGGAGAAGUGGGCGUCUGUUCAGGUGGGAGACGUCAUCAGGCUGGAGAACGAUCAGUUCGUCGCCGCCGACAUCCUGCUGCUCAGCAGCUCCGAGCCGAACGGCCUCUGUUACAUAGAGACCGCCGAGUUGGACGGAGAAACAAAUUUAAAAUGUCGUCAGUGCCUUCUGGAGACAGCCGCUAUGGGCCAAGACGACGCACAAUUGGGCGCGUUUGAUGGCGAGAUUGUGUGUGAAACGCCCAAUAAUUUACUUAAUAAGUUUGAAGGAACGUUGAGCUGGCGCAACCAGCACUUCUCGCUGGACAACGACAAGAUACUGCUGCGCGGGUGCGUGCUCAGGAACACGUCGUGGUGCUACGGCGUCGUCGUGUUCGCCGGCAAGGACACCAAGCUCAUGCAGAAUUCGGGCAAGACCAAGUUCAAGCGCACCAGCAUAGAUAGGCUACUUAAUUUUCUUAUUAUAGGGAUAGUAUUCUUCCUCCUGUCGAUGUGCGUGUUCUGCACGGUGGCGUGCGGCGUGUGGGAGUGGCUGGUGGGGCGGUACUUCCAGGUGUACCUGCCGUGGGACUCGCUGGUGCCGGCCGAGCCCACGUGGGGCGCCGUCAUCAUCGCGUUACUCGUGUUUUUCUCCUACGCCAUCGUCAUGAACACAGUCGUGCCUAUAUCGCUUUAUGUUUCCGUCGAGGUGAUAAGAUUUGCACAGAGUUUCCUCAUUAACUGGGAUGAAAAAAUGUAUUAUGAAAAGACUGGCACAGCUGCUAAAGCGCGGACAACUACGUUAAACGAGGAACUGGGGCAAAUCCAAUAUAUAUUUUCUGAUAAAACGGGAACGUUAACGCAGAACAUAAUGACAUUCAACAAGUGCUCGAUAGCGGGCGUGUGCUACGGCGACGUCGUCGACGAGUCCACCGGCGAGACGCUCGAGAUCAACGAGAGUUCGGAGCCGCUAGACUUCUCGUUCAACCCCGAGUACGAGCCGGAGUUCAAGUUCUUCGACGCGACGCUGCUGGACGCGGUGAAGCGCGGCGACACUCACGUGCACGACUUCUUCCGCCUGCUCGCUCUCUGUCACACGGUCAUGCCGGAGCAGAAGAAUGGACGGCUCGAAUACCAGGCGCAGUCGCCAGAUGAGGCGGCGCUGGUGUCCGCAGCCAGAAAUUUCGGUUUCGUGUUCAGAGAACGCUCGCCUAAUAGUAUUACAAUAGAAGUAAUGGGUAACACAGAGGUGUAUGAAUUGUUAUGUAUAUUAGAUUUUAAUAAUGUUAGAAAAAGAAUGUCCGUGAUAUUGAGAAAGGAUGGUGAAAUUAGGUUAUAUACAAAAGGUGCUGAUAAUGUAAUAUAUGACAGAUUAAAAGGAAACCAAGCAGAAGUAAGGUCAAAAACUCAAGAGCAUUUAAAUAAGUUCGCCGGCGAGGGUCUGCGCACGCUGGCGCUGGCGUGGCGGCCGCUGGAGGAGCGCGGCUUCGUGGAGUGGAAGCGCCGCCACCAGGCCGCCGCGCUCGCGCUGCGCGACCGCGACGAGCAGCUCGACGCCAUCUACGAGGAGAUCGAGACCGACCUGCUGCUCAUGGGUGUAACGGCGAUAGAAGAUAAGUUACAAGAUGGGGUUCCGGAAACGAUAGCGAAUCUCAGUAUGGCAGGCAUCAAAAUCUGGGUUUUAACUGGAGACAAGCAGGAAACGGCAAUAAACAUCGGAUACUCAUGUCAGUUGCUGACAGACGACAUGGCGGAGGUGUUCGUGAUCGACGGCGCCUCGUACGACGACGUCGAUCGGCAGCUGGCCAAGUGCCGAGACUCGAUACGGGUCGUCAACACAUUUCUACCACAUGGGUCCCCGUCGCGGCGGCGCGGCGGCAGCGGCGCGGCGGGCGCGGGCGCGGCGAGCGCGGAGGGCGCGAACGGCGCGGCGCGGCCCGCCAACGUCAAGCUCAACGCGCCCGCCGUGUCCGUCGUCACUUUUAGGUGGGAAACUAGCACACUAGCACGCAGCAGUGGUGGAACCGUGUCGAUAUGUUGUAGCAACGAGUACGUGUCGGGCGGCGGGCCCUACUCGACGGACUCGCACGACCACACCAACGACGACUCCAACGGUUUCGCGAUCGUAGUCAACGGACACUCGCUCGUUCACUGUUUGCAUCCUAAACUGGAGGAGAAGUUUCUAGACGUAGUGUUACAAUGUCGAUCGGUGAUAUGCUGUCGUGUGACGCCGCUGCAGAAGGCGAUGGUCGUGGAACUGAUCAAAAAGAGCAGAAAAGCUGUCACACUCGCGAUAGGUGACGGCGCCAAUGACGUUUCUAUGAUCAAAGCGGCGCACAUAGGCGUCGGCAUAUCCGGACAGGAAGGCAUGCAGGCGGUGCUGGCGUCCGACUACUCGAUAGCACAGUUCCGUUUCCUGCAGCGGUUGUUGUUGGUACACGGACGGUGGUCGUACUACAGAAUGUGCAAAUUCUUGCGAUAUUUUUUCUAUAAAAAUUUCGCGUUCACCGUAUGCCAUUUUUGGUUCGCGUUCUUUUGCGGAUUCAGUGCGCAAACGGUGUUCGACGAGAUGUUCAUCUCGGUAUACAACUUGUUCUACACGUCGCUGCCGGUGCUGGCGCUGGGCGUAUUCGAGCAGGACGUGUCGGACGCCACGUCACUGCAGUUUCCGAAGCUGUACGCGCCGGGACACACCUCGCAGCUCUUCAACAAGACCGAGUUCAUCAAGUCCACGCUGCAUGGCUGUUUCACAUCGCUCGUGCUGUUUCUCAUACCAUAUGGUACUUACAAGGACGGUUUGGCACCUGACGGAAAAAUAUUAUCAGAUCACAUGUUACUCGGAACAGUAGUGGCUACCAUAUUAAUCAUAGACAAUACAACACAGAUCGCUCUGGACACUACCUAUUGGACGGUGUUCAACCACAUAACGAUAUGGGGCUCUCUCGUGUCGUACUUCGUAUUAGACUACUUCUACAAUUACGUGAUAGGCGGGCCUUACGUGGGUUCGCUGACGGUGGCGUUGACGCAGGCCACCUUCUGGUUCACUGCCGUGCUCACCACGAUGAUCCUGAUGGUGCCGGUGGUGUCGUGGCGGCUGGCGUGGUCGCGCUGGCGGCCGACGCUGGCGGAGCGGCUGCGCGCGCGGCAGCGGUGGCGCGCGGCGGCCGCGCCCGCGCCGCGCACGCCGCGCGCCGCGCGCCGCUCCGUGCGCUCGGGGUACGCCUUCGCGCACCAGGAGGGCUUCGGCCGCCUCAUCACCUCGGGCAAGAUCAUGCGCCGCAUCCCGCACGCCGACGCCGCGCUGUCCGCGCUGGCGUCGCUGCCGGGUAAGUUCCACGCGCGGCCCGCCUCGCCGCCGCGCACGCCGCCGCACGACGCGCCCGCCGCGCCCGCCGCCGUGCCCGCGGCGCCGGCGCGCGCCCCCACGCAGACGCUGGACGCGCUGGACCUGUAGCCGACACUGGACUGCGACACCGCCCGCCGCCCGCCGCCGCCAGGGACGUGUUAAUUAGGAAUUGUUACCGAUGACUUCGUCGAAGUUUUAGAUGACUAGAUUUUUUACCCUUAUUUUUUCACUAUCGGUUGAACGUCACGGCACCGUGUGUUGAACGCGAGCGGCGGUGAUCUCUCAGUGUGCCGACCGCUACUGAAUUAUGUUUCCUGACGAGUGCACCCAUCGAUGUCUCGGAACCGGUAUUAUACCGACAGGAGAAAAUCAUGACCGAUCUCCUAAAGUUUAAGGUAUACGAAAAGUAUGAUGAAUUAAGUUUUAAACGUAUAACGUAUUUAUAUGGUCUCGUUACCCGCUUUGAUCUCGAAAGACCGAGCGUUACUUCUACAUGGGAGAAGUAAACAAGAAAGUCGACAAAUCCGGCACUGCCCGCCUGCACACCCAGCACGAUCCGGCCGGCGUGGCACGGCACGAUCUGGCCAACGUGGCAUGGCAUUGCCGAUCCAUGACGCCGCCCGCGUUUAUGUGCACGAAGCCUUACUGUCGUCUGUGUCCAAAACCGAAAUCCUAGGAAACGUGCAUUUAAAACUGACAAUAUCGCCGGCAGUAAAAACGCCACAUACUCGAAAGUGUUUGAUUGAUUUUGUAGAUAUUAGUGCCAAAGGUGACACGUAAUAAAAGAACAAUCUUUCAACUGAUGUUAUUGUUUUAGAUUAUUCUGGAAUCAUAUUUAUUACAUUUUAUAUUCAAUAGUGAAGUUGGAGUUCAAAGUAUUACCUUUUUUGCGGCGCCCUACAUAUUGUAUCACUUACUGGGCUAGACCGGUCAGAGUUUGCACUUUAAGUAUUAUAAUAUAAAAAAUAGUUUUCUAAUGGAGUAUAUUGACAUUACUGAAAGUGAACACUGUGAAAUCGUGGUUAUCAAAUUGUGUUAAUUUUAUAAAAAUAGAAAUUACAUACUAGAAAUGUACAAAUUAUGAAACAAAGCUAUUGAUAAUGUUGCGUUUUCACUGCAUGUGAAUAUUAUUACGAACAACAUUUGCUUUGGAAUCGAUUUUAUAAUAAAAAUAUAAUUCUUAU